AUCGAGUAGGAAAGUUAGCCCGGCUAGAAGUGGUCCAAAUGUUUGACGUCGACUCAGCGCUUGACGAUCUCGGCAAUGGCGGUGUCAUCGCCGCGGCCGUGCUUUCCGUCCUGCUGGUGGCGCUCAGCACGUACGGCCGUCGUUUGUGCCGGCACCCGGCAGUCCGCUUCUUCGUGUGGGGUGUCUCCAUAGUAUUCCUGCCGCUCUCCUCCGCCAUCCUCUCCGUCCUACUGAGCAGGGUCAGGGCGGCCAAGUGCAAAAGCAGGGGGCCCACACCAAGUGCCCCUCCCCCUUCCGGUCGGCACAACCGCGACGUCCAGGACAUGUGGACGCUCCUCCUGUGGCUCGUCCUCAUCCUCACCGUCAAGUGCAACGCGAACAUCGCUGCGACGGCCGUCACUGCUGCGGCCUCCAUGCCUGGGGACGGUGACGCUAGCAUCGACGGCUACAGGGUCAGGCCUCCCGUGCAGAACCUCGCGGAGUACGCCUGGCUGGCCUACCUUAUCUGUCUCUGCGUUCCAGUGGCGACAUGGCUGGGCCAUCUCAACAGAGCCAUCUUCUUCUUGUUCAGCGCGCUUGGUCUCGCCAAGCUGGCGCUCAAGCUGGCUGCCUUCUACAGCGCGAGCGGCUCGUUCGCGCUGGGUAAGAACGCGCGCCUUAUCGCCGGCUACAUGGAGCAUCUCGUCGACGGCGGCCGGGAACAAGUGCCGCGGUACAUAGUGAUGGGAGAGAAGGAGAAGCACGUGGAGGAGAGCCCUCAGGGAUACCACGUAAAGCGUGACGUCCUGCAGGACAGAUUCAGUGACCUCGUCACACUGGACCGCGUGUGGCGGCUGGCCGAGCACGGGGAUGGCAUCCUCGCCGAGAGGGCGGAGCUCAGGGACCUCUGCCUCUCCUACUCGCUCUUCAAGAUCCUUAGGUGGAGGCUGUCAGGGCACCCCCUGGCCAACGCUGGGUCCAACGAGGCGCUUAGCUUCGUGCUCAGAGGCAUGGACAGCUCCGGCACGAGCCGCGCGGUCAACGUCGACAGACUGUUCCGUGUCCUGGUGGACGAGCUAGGGUUUGCAAGCGAUUUCUACUACUCUCCCAUCCCGUUGUGCAUCUUCGGCGGGUGGUGCGCCGCGCUCAACUACAUCUGUUCCCUCCUAAUCAUCGUCGGAGCCGUAGCUGUAGGAUGGAUUUAUCAGGUUAUGGGUGUGAUACACUACACGUCGUAUAAGGUCAUCACUUACUCUCUCCUGCUCACCGUCGUGCUCGUCGAGGCAUGGGAGAUCAUCGCCGGCAUGUGCUCCAACUGGACCAAGAUGGCGCUGCUCGGUCACUACAUAAGGCACCAGUCGAUGUGGCGCCGAUCCAGCUGCGUCCACGCGGCGCUCACUGCUGUGCUGCACCUCAGGCCUGCGAGGCGUUGGCGGGACAAGCUGGGACAGAACUCUGUGCUGGAACCUCGCCGCUUCCGCAGGCGGAUCGGGCUUCUCUCGGAGCUACUCUACGGCAGUUCGGGGCUCAUGAUGUCCAUCCGGGUGUCGCCGUUAGUCAGGGAGGCGGUGUUCCGGUCACUUCUGAGCAGCUACGGGGGCGGGGCGAGCGAAGACAGUGCGGCGGCACGGCGAGUGGGUGGCAAGGUGGACUGGGCGAUGUACGGCUCCCAGAAGAGCUGGGCGUGGGACGCUAGUGAAAGGAGCAGCAACACGGAACUGAUCCUCGUGUGGCACGUCGCCACGAGGCUCUUCGAGAUGAAGACCAUGUCAGCAUCGCCGGAUAUGAUCGCUGCCUGCCACCUCUCCUACUACUGCGCCUACCUGGUAGCGGCGGCGCCAGAGCUGCUGCCGGACUCCGCGGCGUGGACCAAGAGAAGGUACAAGGAAGUGUCCGACGACGUGCGCGCCGCGCUUGGUGCGGAUUAUUGCGGCGAUGGCGAGUCAACUGCCGAGAGGUAUGAACGGCUAGUGGCGGAGCUGAGCAAGGACUCGCGGGACACGGUGCUGCGGCGGGGCGCGGAGCUCGGGCGGCACCUGGUGGAAGAGUAUGGCGAGGACGUGGCGUCGGCAUGCCGGAUCCUGGCCGACUUCUGGUCUGACAUGGUGCUCUUCGUGGCGCCGUCCGAGAAUGGCAAGGGCCACGUCCAGGCCAUGGCUGGCGGCGGCGAGUUCAUCACGAUCAUCUGGGCGUUGCUUCUCCACGCUGGCAUUACCACAAGGCCUCCUAACACGCCUGGCGGUGAUAUCCCGUAAUCAGUGGAGGUGAACUGCUGAAACAUGUACAUACGUAUUGCAACACGGUAGCAAACUCGUGACCUUUACAUCUUUGCCUCUAUAUGUUUUUUUUUAAUUUAAGGAAUGCAUGCUCAUAAAACUAUAGCUCAUCGUCUUACCGGUGUAUAUUUGUAUGCAACUAGACACUUCAUCCUGAAUCGUAAUUCAUAUUGAGUU